CUCCACCAGCCACACCUGAGAGAGCUUAAAGCUUGGCUGGCAACAGCCAGAGACCACAACAUCUUCUCUGCAAGCAGCAUCACCAUGACGCCCAGGAAUAGCAGCUGCUUCCACCACCUCCUCCUCGUCUCCCUGGUGGGGCUUCUCACAGCCUCAGCUCACCUGAUAGACACACCUGGGCAGAACGUUACAGUUGCUGCAGAGAAAGCUGGCACGUGCCCCAAUGCAACGCUGGGGACGGCCCGUGGAAACUGCACAGAAGAGUGCCAGUCCGAUGCCAGCUGUGCGGGGACAGAGAAAUGCUGCUGGACGGGCUGCGGGGCCUCUUGCCGUCUCCCAAACGAUAAACCUGGGUUCUGCCCUCCGGACCCCCUAUCAUAUCACUGCUGGGCAUCUGCAGGGAUCAGUGCAGAGAGGACUCCGAUUGUCCCAGCAACAGGAAGUGCUGCAUGAGCGGCUGCAAGAAAUGGAACUGUGUCCCUCCCAGAGAGCAAGAUCCAGAAGCCGAGACCCCAUGGAACACCUGAGGUGGGGGACCCUCCACAGACCCCGACCCCAGAGCCAUGACAACCACUGGCCUCCCUCAUCUCAUGGCACUUGGUCUCCUCUUCACCUUCACCAUGUUCGUUGGAGUCCCUCACCCACUUUUGAAGUAAAAUUCUCCCUUUGCACAGUAGCCCUCAAUUCAUAUGGCAUAGUCACCACUGCUUGCUCCGUCCUCCAGACCACCUGCGCCCGUCGCUCUGUGCAUGCACACAACACCUGACAGUGUCAGGAAGCUGUAGGACCUCCCUUUCGGAUUUGGGGUCCCACUUCCUGUCCCUCCCUCCUGGCUCAGAAUGAAAGCCAAGCCAAGAAAGCAGCCAUGUAGAUCAUAUACCACAAGCAAACACAUUAAAGGUGCUUCUUAUCAUGUACAAUAGAAUUAAGGGUUUGUUGUUCUGUUCUGCACAUGUGCCCCCUGUGCCCUGUGUUUCCUGCUAAUUAUGGAGUUGAAGAAAUUCUUCAAAACAUUUCAUGUCAUGUCCCUGUUCAGGGAAGUUUUUAAUGUUUGAAGUUUUAUUCUGUUUUUAAUGCUCUGUUGAAAGCCAUCCAGAGUGGCUGGGGAAACCCAGC